UUUAAAGACUCACAUAAUUUUUGUUAUUUGAUAGAAGUACAAAUAUAUAUAUUUUUAAAGUUUAACAUCAAUCUGGUAUAAGACCAAUCCAGGAAAUAAGAGAGGUUUCUCUUUCACAUUAUUUUACAUAAUAAUUCUUUCAGAUUUGUUAGCUUUUCAAGCCCAUAGAUAAUUUCAAAGAAGAGGAGUGGAUGAAGUAGAAAUUACACUAUUCUAAGAAGAAAUAAAUUUACAAAAAUAUCCAGAAAUAAAAAAUUCUAAUAGCAUAGCAAUAUAGUAAUUCAGCUCAAAACAGCUACGUCAAAGAAUUUUUGAGGCCAAGCAUGAUCCAUUCAUUGGUGAAGGAAGAAUAAAUUAUAUUUUAAAUGAUGUUAAAUUUAUAAACUUUGAUAUUUGACAUCUAUUCACUUAGAAAAUGCUCAGUUCACUGAUAUGAAACAUACGACAUGUAAUCUUAUAUUUUGAAAUAGUUUAGUCCAUAUUUAUUUUGAUCUAUGAAAUCAACGAUGCUUGUGUAAUAGUCAGCGCUUACCAUAGCAUUCCUUGAGCACCACUGGGUACAGAGUAUAGUGGACAGAGGAGGCACAUGAUCCUCGAUCUCUAGGAACUUCCCUUCUGAGAAGAGACUGAGUCUGAAGUGACAAGUCAUCAUCAGUUUGCCUUUCAAACUGUGGAAGAGCAAUCUGAUCGAGGGCUAGAAAGUCUUAGGGGAAAAGGGAGUGGGAAAUGAACUCAGAAAAAAUGGGAAGGAUGCAUACCUAUAAAUAUAUUUUAAAGCCAAAUGUAUUGCUGCUGUCUCUCCAAUUUACUGUUGAAAGAAUAUUCAGCUUAUUCCCAAAGAAAGCAAAAGCUAAUAGAAUGUUACUUGAAGCAGACACAGCACAUUGUCUAGUAGAAGCCUGGCACAAUCACUGCAAAUCUUGCCAAGGACCUUUCCAUUCAUUCUGUACUCCCUGCCUGCUCUCAGGCGUUAUUCUGGGGCUGGUGAAACAGAAAAUAAUUUACUUUCAUGUUCUUAUUCUGUUAUGCCCAGGUGACUGUGGUGACUUGCCGAGAUACAAUUCUAUGAAAACCAAGGGUAUUCCUGCACGCCCUUAUAAUACUGGGUACAAAGUACAAUAUGAGUGUCGCCCAGGAUACAGGCGUAUUGUUCCUUUUCUCCCCCUAACUGCUGUUUGUCAUCCUAAUAACUCAUGGACAGCUCUCAAGGAGGCUUGUACAAAAAAAGCAUGUGUACAGCUAGCAGAACCCAUAAAUGGCCAAGUACAAUACAGUACUGGAACUACUGUGUUUGGUUCAGAAGCUCGCUUUACUUGUAAUGAGGGAUGCGAAUUCACCUAGUACUCAGAAGAACCCCAGGACAUAUAGACCCUUUCCGCAGGUGAGGAAUUUAAGAAAGAGAAACAUUAAGGGCCUUGCCCAAGCUCAAAAAACAAGUCCAUCUUGGAGCUGGGACUCGAAUCCAGUCAGGUAAGCUCUUGGGCCAGGUCUCUCUACUGAGUCGUUGUCCUGAUUGAGCAGAAUGGCGUGAGACGGACAUCGAAGUGAAUGUGUUAUCUGACUGGCAGAGGUAGUGACCCCCAGACUGUCAGGCAUGACAGGUUUAUUUAGGCACUUUGCCCUAGGCCAAUGUGUCUUCACAUGAAGAAUCUCUUUAUUUCAUUAAAUUGCAGAUUUAGUUAACACAUUGAAUACAUGCCACUUAAGAAACUUCUCCCUGAAGCUAUUGUAAUGCAGAAAAUCAACCAUAUAGAAAUUUCAUUAUUAUAUAUUCUUCUUAACUGGUAAAGAAAACAAUAGUCAUUUCUUUUCUCAUUUAGUUUUUACUUACUUGGACCAAAAGUUUUAUGUUGUCUACUUUAUGGAGAUGAUGUACAAUGGAGUGAUCAACCCCCACGUUGUUUA